AUGGCAGCCGCCGUCGUGUCAGGCAAGGAUAUUGAGAAGCCCCAAGCAGAGGUUUCCCCCAUCCACCGUAUCCGUAUCACAUUGACAUCCCGCAAUGUGCGUUCCCUUGAGAAGGUUUGCGCCGAUCUUAUCAACGGUGCCAAGAAACAGAAGCUGCGUGUAAAGGGACCAGUCCGCAUGCCAACGAAGAUCCUCCGUAUCACAACCCGUAAAACACCUUGUGGUGAAGGUUCCAAGACCUGGGACAGAUUCCAGAUGAGGAUCCACAAAAGAGUGAUAGAUUUACACUCCCCCUCGGAGAUUGUUAAGCAAAUCACAUCCAUCAACAUCGAGCCGGGUGUAGAAGUGGAAGUCACCAUUGCCGACGCG